GUUUGUAGUAUUUUUAGAAGUUUGUGAAUCUCUUUAAAAAGAUCGAAAAUAUUUUGAUUUCGUACCCUAGUGUGAAAUAUGAAAUAUUGAACAAUGGAAGGUAAUUUUGAAUUACUUCGGGUUGAAUACAGGGAUGUUCUGCAGAAAGCGUUCGACGCGAAAAACGUCGACCUCCUGGAGCAAAAAGUGAAAUCAUUCAAUAAAUCAGAAACAGAUUUCAAAACCCCUUUAGACCAAACACUUCGAGAUGUUCUACUGAAUCUUCUUGAAGAAGAAGUCGAUGUUUAUGUACUCAAAAACUUCGUUGACUUCUCAAUAGCUUUGUGCAGACGAGGUUUAAGUUCUCCCACAAUUCCAGUGGUUUUAUUAGGAGAUAUUUUCGAAACACUAACACUGGACACGUGCGAGAGCAUGUUUAGUUUUGUGGAGAACAAUGUUAACGUGUGGAAAGAAGAACUUUUCUUCACUGGCUCCAAGAAUAUAUUGCUCAGGCUGUGUAAUGAUCUCUUGAGGAGAUUGUCCAGGACUACUGCCACGGUGUUUUGCGGAAAAAUCCUGCUUUUCCUUGCCAAGUUUUUCCCGUUUUCGGAGAGGUCUGGCUUGAAUAUUGUCAGCGAGUUUAACUUAGAGAACGUUACCGAGUAUGGUACAGAUUCGGCUGAUGACAUCGUUAUGGAGAUCAAUUCUGGGGACCAGAAGCAUCUGAUUGAUUUCACAUUUUAUCGGAAAUUUUGGGAACUGCAGGACUUUUUCAGGAAUCCCAAUCAGUGUUACACCAAAGUUCAGUGGAAGCUUUUCAGUUCGCACGCCACUAGUAUUCUGAACACAUUCCAUGGGAUAAAAUUAGACUAUGUCAAUGCUAGUGACAGUUCCAAGAACGUGGGAUACUUUGCGAAGUAUCUGACUAGUCAGAAGUUGCUGGACCUUCAACUUCACGACGUCAAUUUUCGAAGAUCUGUCUUACUCCAGUUCCUGAUAGUUUUCCAAUAUUUCACGUCCACAGUCAAAUUCAAAUCGGAUAGUUAUGAACUGAAAUCUGAUCAAAAAGAGUGGAUAAUUAAUAACACUGAAAAAGUUUACAAUCUGCUCAGAGAGACACCACCAGAUGGUGAAGAAUUCGCCGAAAUUGUGAAAAAUAUUUUGAGCAGAGAAGAACUUUGGAAUGGUUGGAAAAACGAUAGCUGUCCUGAAAUCAAGAAAACACUUUCUGCUCAAUCUGAUGAACCUAGGGUAAAUACAGAAAAACCAUUGCUGGGAGAUAUUAUAAAAGAAGCACAUCAGCAAGGAAAAUUCUAUAUUGGAAACGGGGAACUGACUCGGUUGUGGAACCAAUGCCCGAGCAACCUAGAAGCCUGCAAGGGUAGGAACUUCCUUCCCACUUUGGACGAGUAUUUCGCCGAGGCAAUCCAACAAAUCGAAAAUCCCCCCAAUGGCGAAGAAAAUCUUCUCAAAGAUGGAAAUUUCGGCUGGCGUGCUUUGCGACUGUUGGCCCGAAGAAGUCCGCAUUUUUUCACUUAUGGCUCUGUAAUUCUCAAUCCGCUUUCUACGUAUUUGGAGACCAUGGUGAGGAAGGUGGCUCAGGAUAGACCUGGCAAGGAGUUGGCGCAGGACAGCCAAAACGAGCACGAACUCGACAACAUACUGACCGAAGAGGAGCAGGCGACCGAAGAACUGAAACAGAACGAGACAGAAGAGCUCGUCGACGAGCAAACUGUCAGACAAGAGCACAAAAACAUCACGUUGCCGCAACUGAAUCUGUUCAGCGAAAAAGUGUCCGGCCAAUGGGAGAAGUUGGCCGUCAAAUUGGGAUACAAAUCAGACGAAAUCGAGUUUUUCAGAAACGAGAAUCCGACUUUGAUGGAACAAGCGAGGAACAUGUUGCAGUUGUGGUUCGAGGACGAUGAAGAUGCAACUCUGGAAAACUUCAUUUAUAUUCUCGAAGGACUGGAAAUGCCAGAAGCCGCAGAAGCUGUCAGACAAGAACUGGCAUCGACAAUGGAAGUUCAGUGAACAAUUUCUAUGAUCUUUCAAACAAUUAUUCGAAUGUUUAUUAUUAAUUGGAAUGAUAUUAUUUUCAAUAAGGAAUAAACUGAAUUUAUAU